AUGGGGCGAUCGCCGUGCUGCGAGAAGGAGGCCGGGCUGAAGAAGGGCCCCUGGACGCCGGAGGAGGACCAGAAGCUGCUCGCCCACAUCGACCAGCACGGCCACGGCUGCUGGCGCUCGCUGCCCGCCAAGGCCGGGCUGCGGCGGUGCGGCAAGAGCUGCCGGCUCCGGUGGACCAACUACCUCCGGCCGGACAUCAAGCGCGGCAAGUUCACGCUACAGGAGGAGCAAACCAUCAUCCAGCUCCACGCGCUACUCGGAAACAGGUGGUCGGCGAUCGCCACGCACCUGCCCAAGCGCACGGACAACGAGAUCAAGAACUACUGGAACACGCACCUCAAGAAGCGCCUCGCCAAGAUGGGCAUCGACCCCGUCACGCACAAGCCACGCGCCGACGCCGACACCACCGCUGGCUCCGGCGCGCGCUCCAGGGUCGCCGCGCACCUCAGCCACACGGCGCAGUGGGAGAGCGCGCGGCUCGAGGCCGAGGCGCGCCUCGCGCGCGACGCCAAGCUCAGGGCGCUCGCCUCGCCGCCGCCGCCGCCCGCGUCCAGCGUGCUCGACUCGCCCACCUCCACGCUCAGCUUCUCCGAGACCGCCAUGUUCGCCGGCGCGGCCCACGAUGUGCACGGCGUCGCGCUCGCAUCAGUCCAGCAACUGCAGUCGUACGGCAAAGCAGCGUGCCAAGACGACUGUUUCGGUGGCGGCACCGAAACAGAGUUCGUCGGAGCCGGGACGUUUAACAGUGCGCUUCUCGACUGCUCUGUCGCCGGCGCAGACCAGAGGCUCCUGGUGGCCGUGCCAGACGCCGACGACGGCGAUCAGAGCGAGGAGGGCAAGGGCUACUGGAGCAGCAUACUCAACAUGGUUAACUCCUCCGUCUCCCCGUCGUUGACCUCUGAGGUGGUGCAACACCCUGUGAUGAUGUACUUGCCCCCGGCGACGGAAGAGUUCUGA